AAUCUGUACUAGGAGUCGUUGCUGUGUCAAGCACGCUUUGAUUUUUACCCAUUUUCGAAUCGAAGAAGCCCCUGCAAAAGCACAGAAAUCAAUGAGCCAAUUCAGGACAUCUUAUCAUGAGGACAUGAGAGCAAAUGCAUCUUUAAAUGCGAUUGGUAAGAGUCCCAAAAAUGACAGACGUUAGGCAGCUGAAACCCUCUCUAAGAAUGUGGUAGCGGAAGUCGUAUCGAUGCUUAUCUACCUUAGUAGCCUAACCAGGCCUGGUGAGACCCUCGCUAGACUUCGUUCAACAAGCAGCCUACGAGGUAGUGUGGGCUAGGCACGGGCACUCCGCGAGCUAUCUCGCACAAACCAAUCUCGUCACACAAACCUCCGUUGCGGUCUGGCAAAGCAUAGCAAUAAGUUAUGAUGUCGACCACGAGAUCCGAAGACCCUCUUGUUUGGAUAGACUGUGAGAUGACAGGGUUGGAUUACGAGAAGGACUCCAUUCUCCAAAUCUCCUGUUUCAUCACAGACGCGCAGUUAAGGCUGUUAGAUGAAGAGGGAUAUGGUGCAAUCAUUCAUCAUGACAAAGCAGUGCUAGAUUCCAUGAACGAAUGGUGCAUCAAAACACAUGGAGCUACUGGCCUGACUGCUGCAGUUUUAACCUCGACAACCACGGCGGAACAAGCCGCGAUAGAAUUGCUUGCCUAUGUCAAGAAAUAUGUGCCUCAACCCCGCAAGGCAAUGUUGGCAGGAAAUAGUGUGCAUGCUGACAAGGCCUUUCUUUGCAAAGCGCCCUACAAUGCUGUGCUCGAUCAUCUACAUUAUCGUAUUUUAGAUGUUAGCUCUCUAAAGGAAGCUGCGCGGAGAUGGGCUCCUGCACCCGUCCUCAACGAGAUUCCUCAGAAAAGAGGGAUUCAUGAGGCGCGACAGGACAUUCUGGAGAGCAUCGAGGAAGCUCGGUUUUACCAAGAAGCCUUUUUUUCCGGUUAGAAAAAUUUGAUGGAUUCUUGAGAAGCCCAGAAGAAAGUAAGAUGUCAAAAAUAAAGCAGGAGCUUGGCGAGGACAAAGAUCAUCGAUGCCUCCAUGAUUUUCAAUAUACUCUUGGGUGUGUUGCUGGAUCUGUUUCAUUUUGUUUCGUUGCCGCAAUAUAUCCCUGUCUGCAUGGUGGAACGUUAUAAUUCUAGCUUGAUUAUCAAUGAGAGAAAAAGCGCCGAGCAAAAUGUGGCGGGGCGAGGAGAUGCCUCGGCCACUGUGCUAAACAAUAACAAGAGUAUUUCUCUGAACCAAAACAUGAU